AUGGCUCUUCCACCUCUCGUCGUCAGUCGCGCCCCGUCAAUCCUCCUCUUUACCACACUCGAGGCAGGCCUCGCCUUCUUCGUCUAUUCCCAGUGGAAGAAGCCAAGCCUUAUUUCCGGCCCUCUUCCCUCCGCGAUCCCCAAGGGAUACAUCGGCCGCGCCCGAUUCGCGAAGCACGACUGCCAGCCCAUUCACGUCACCGAGACGCUCAAUCUCAAGCACCAGACCCACUAG